UGAAAUUCAAAUUUGAACGGCCACAGGAGGCCGAGUCUGACACUGGAGGCUGAGGGAAGAGGAGAGUAGGUUGUGGGAGAGCUCCCCGUCCAGCAUUCCUUGUUUUCUCCAGGAGACACACUGGGCCGAAACUCACUUUUCCUGAAUUUGAACCACCGUUUCCACCGUCUCGUAGUCGACACGCUGUGCCUGGGGCCAUGGACCCGUUUACGGAGAAACUGCUUGAGCGAACCCGUGCCAGGCGAGAGAAUCUUCAGAGAAAAAUGGCUGAGAGGCCUGUAGCUGCUCCAAGGUCUAUGCCUCAUGCUAAGCGAGCCAGAGAGCCACUUUCAGAAGCAAGUAACCAGCAGCCCCUAUCUGGUGGUGAAGAGAAAUCUUGUACAAAACCAUCACCAUCCAAAAAACGCUGUUCUGACAACGGUGAAGUAGAAGUUUCUAACUUGGAAAAUAAACAACCGGUUGAGUCGACUUCUGCAAAAUCUUGUUCUCCAAGUCCUGUGUCUCCUCAGGCGCAGCCACAGGCAGCAGAUGCUGUUAGUGAUUCUGCUGCAGUCCCAGCACCACUGCUGGGCACAAGGGGAGGGCUGAACUCAAGAUUAGAAGCAACUGCAGCCUCCUCAGUUAAAACACGCAUGCAAAAACUUGCAGAGCAACGGCGCCAUUGGGAUAAUAACAGUACAACAGAUCACUCUGACAGCUCACUCUUCUCACCAAUGCCAUCAGAGAAGAAGGCUGCCUCCCCUCCCAAACCAACCCUUUCAAAUGCCUCAGCAACUCCAAUUGGGAAAAGGGGCCGUCUGGCCAACCUUGCUGCGACUAUUUGCUCCUGGGAAGAUGAUGUAAGUUACUCAUCUGCAAAGCAAAACAAUGUACAAGAACAGCCUGGUACCACUUGUUUAUCCAAAUUUUCCUCUGCAAGUGGAGCAUCUGCUAGGAUCAAUAGCAGCAGUGUUAAGCAGGAAGCUACAUGCUGUUCCCAAAGGGAUGGCGAUGCCUCUUUGAAUAAAGCCUCAUCCUCAAGCCCUGGUGAUGCAUCGUUGGUUAAUGCCUCAAUUUCCAGCUCUGUGAAAGGUAAUUCUUCCCCAGCAAAAUCUGCUAUAUCCAUCACUGGUACUAAGAAUUGUGAGGUACAAAAUUCUGAGGUACUUCAAAAAACUCCUGGUAGUCCUCUGAAAACAGAGGUGUUGAAACCAAUUGUGAAGUCAACUGUAUCCCAGACACCUCGAUCCAAAGAAGAACCAAGUAGAGAAAUUUGUCUGCAGUCUCAAUCUAAAGACAAAUCUACAACACCAGGAGGAGCAGGAAUUAAGCCUUUUCUGGAACGCUUCGGAGAACGUUGUCAAGAGCACAGCAAGGAAAGUCCAGCUCGUAGCACACCUCAUAAGACUCCCAUUAUCACUCCAAACACCAGGGCCAUCCAAGAAAGAUUAUUCAAGCAAAACACAUCUUCAUCUACUACUCAUUUAGCACAGCAGCUCAAGAAGGAACGUGAGAAAGAACUAGCAUGUCUGCGUGGCCGAUUUGACAAGGGCAAUUUAUGGAGUGCAGAAAAAGGUGGAAGCUCAAGAAGCAAACAACUAGAAACCAAACAGGAAAUUCAUUGUCAGGACACUCCACUCAAAAAACAUCAAGUUGUUUCAAAUACUCAGUCACUUCCAGUAACAGAAAAGGCGACAGAAAAUCAGACAUCAACAAAAGCUUCCAGCACAGAACCUUCAGGUUUCACUGAAUGCAAAAUGACCAAGUCUAGCCCUUUGAAAAUAACAUUGUAUUUAGAAGAGGAAAAGUCCUUAAAAGUAACAUCAGAUCCACAGAUUGAGCAACGGACUGAAGUGGUACGUGAAAUUGAGAUGAGUGUGGAUGAUGAUGAUAUCAAUAGUUCCAAAGUAAUUAAUGACAUCUUCAGUGAUGUCCUAGAAGAAAGUGAACUAGAUGUAGAAAAGAGCCAGGAGGAGAUGGAUCAAGCAGAAGCAGAAAGCAACGAAGAGGAAGAUGCCUUGAAUAUCUCCUCCAUGUCUUUGCUCGCUCCGUUAGCACAGACAGUUGGUGUGGUAAGUCCAGAGAGUUUAGUUUCCUUACCUAAGCUGGAGUUGAAAGACACUAGCAGCAUAAGUGAUGAAAGUCCAAAACCAGGAAAAUUCCAAAGAACCCGUGUCCCUCGAGCCGAGUCUGCUGAUAGCAUUGAUUCUGAAGAUCGCGAUCUUCUGUAUAGCAUUGAUGCAUAUAGAUCUCAAAGAUGCAAAGAAAUAGAACGCCCAUCAAUAAAGCAGGUGAUUGUUCGGAAGGAAGAUGUUACUUCAAAAUUGGAUGAAAAAAUGAAUGCCUCUGCUUGUCCAGUUAAUAUCAAACAGAAAAUGCAGGAACUCAAUAAUGAAAUAAAUUUGCAACAGACAGUGAUCUAUCAAGCUAGCCAGGCUCUUAACUGCUGUGUUGAUGAAGAGCAUGGAAAGGGGUCCCUAGAAGAAGCUGAAGCAGAGAGACUUCUUCUAAUUGCAACUGAGAGGAGAACACUUUUGAUUGAUGAGUUGAAUAAACUGAAGAAUGAAGGACCUCAGAGGAAAAAUAAGACUGAUCCCACAUCCAAAAAUGAGUUUGUCCCAUCCAAAGGAUCAGUUACUUUGUCAGAAAUCCGCUUGCCUCUAAAAGCAGAUUUUGUCUGCAGUACGGUUCAAAAACCAGAUGCAGCAAAUUACUACUACUUAAUUAUUCUAAAAGCAGGAGCUGAAAAUAUGGUAGCCACACCAUUAGCAAGUACUUCAAAUUGUCUUAAUGGUGAUGCUCUGAUGUUCACUACUACAUUUACUCUGCAAGAUGUAUCCAAUGACUUUGGAAUAAAUAUUGAAGUUUACAGCUUGGUACAAAAGAAAGAUUCUUCAGGCCCUGAUAAGAAGAAAAAAACAUCCAAAUCCAAGGCUAUUACUCCAAAGCGACUCCUCACAUCUAUAAGCACAAAAAGCAGCAUUCAUUCUUCAGUUAUGGCCAGCCCAGGAGGCCUUAAUGCUGUGCGCACCAGCAACUUUGCCCUUGUUGGAUCUUACACACUGUCGUUAUCUUCCGUAGGAAACACUAAGUUUGUUCUGGACAAGAUAAAUUAUGAUGUAAAAGAGCGAGAGCUACUGGGCUAUAUGUUCCAGGAAAAGGUACCCUUUUUAUGUCCUUUGGAAGGUCAUAUUUAUUUAAAAAUAAAAUGUCAAGUGAAUUCCAGUGUUGAAGAAAGAGGUUUUCUAACCAUAUUUGAAGAUGUUAGUGGUUUUGGUGCCUGGCAUCGAAGAUGGUGUGUUCUUUCUGGAAACUGUAUCUCUUAUUGGACUUAUCCAGAUGAUGAAAAACGAAAGAGUCCCAUAGGAAGGAUAAAUCUGGCUAAUUGUACCAGUCAUCAGAUAGAACCAGCCAAUAGAGAAUUUUGUGCAAGACGCAACACUUUUGAAUUAAUUACCGUCCGACCACAAAGAGAAGAUGACCGAGAGACCCUUGUCAGCCAAUGCAGAGACACUCUCUGUGUCACCAAGAACUGGCUGUCUGCAGACACUAAAGAAGAGCGGGAUCUCUGGAUGCAGAAACUCAAUCAAGUUCUUGUUGAUAUUCGCCUCUGGCAACCUGAUGCUUGCUACAAACCCAUCGGAAAGCCUUAAAUUGUGAGCAAUUUAGAAGUUUUUUGAGGUAUUGCACAAAUGGAUCUUAAGAAACACAAUGAAGAGCAUCAGAUUUGCUGAUUGCAUUUUAUGCUUUAAAUAUGAAAGGGUUUGUGCCAAUGUUCACUAUGUAAUAAAUAUGCAGUAUUUAUAUCUUUUGUAUAUAAAACUUGAACUGAUUUCUGUCAUUCCUAAAUAAUUGGAAGUAAAUUUAUUAUAGAUUGGUAUUGCUAAAUCUUAAUUUAAAAGCCCCGUUUUCCUAGAAAUCGAAUUAUUCUGUUAUUUCUGACAAAAUAUUUUUUUAAAAGUAGAAAAUUCUGAGCUAGAUCUUCUUGGAGCUAUGGGUCUCAAAGUAGCAAGGUCUUCCAGGGAUUGGAGACAAAACUCUCAGAUUUGAUGAUCUCGGGCCUCCAGUAGUUUUUUCUAAAGUUUGUCAUCAUUUAUUGGUCAUGCUAGGACUUCUUAGUGGAGUACUGAAAAAAAAAAAAUGUUAAGGCCUUUACAGAAUCAUUUUUAGUCAUAGAGAUGAGAACUUUUUCAAAUAGAAAUGUAUAUUGGCUUAAAACCUGAGGCUACCCUAAAAGACAAGUAGACAGAGGGGAUUGUAUGACAUUUGGCAGGUAAGGAUUUUAUAUAGAAGAGUUAAUAAUCACAUGGUUUAUAUUUACUCCGUUAUUGUAUGCAGUGUGGUGCACAUUUUCAUAGAAUACAGGCUUUAGUAAGAUAACUAUUUUUGCCAUAUAGCUUGCAGACUCCUGAAAUGUAAUUAGCAUAUUAGUUCAGUUUUUUUGUGCUUCUGUAACAAAAACAAAUGUAAAUUGAAGAAUCUUUAUAUAAAGUAAACUUUUACCAAGCUGCUAUGGGUUAAUACUUGGCUUGCCAAAGUUCUGUCUUUUCUUUUUAAUAUUCCUAUAAGGAUCUAGGAACCCAUUCUGAAAUCAUUUGAAAAACUAUUAAGUCAUGUAUCACCUUUAAGAGCCUAAUAUCUUCUUUGAUUAUUAUAAAAUAUUAUAAAGCAUGGUCUCCACUUUUAAAUACACUUUGAAUUUUAUCUGAAUUAUUAAAGUUAUUGAAGAUCUCAUUCAUAAACACUAAAUUCUGUCACCUCCUAUCAUUUUACUUUGUAUUCUUUCAAAUGUGUUUUUUCUUAUGUAUGUUAUAAGAGUAUAUUUUAUGACCUCUUAUCCUAAUAAAUACUUGUAAGUGGCUA